AUGUAUCACAGCUGCGGAUUCUGUGGCAAGGAUUUCCCUUCAAGGGAAAGUGUCUCGAAGCAUAUAGCUAUCCGCCCUGAAUGUCUAAGAAAAUGGGAGUUACUGGUUGAAGAUACAGACAAUGAGGGUGACCUACCAGUGGACUUCUCUAACGACAAUUCAUUUUCCCCGCUUCGCCGCUCGCGCUCUAAGUCUUUCGAACCUAAUGACGGCGAGCCAGCAGCAUCAAAAAGUCGGCGGGUGACUGUUGAGGACGUUGCUGAUGAAGACUUGGACAAUGUGAUAGAAAAUAGCGGGCGAUAUUUUGAGCAGUGCUGUGAUGCUGGCUGGACAUUGCGGGAGGGGCAAACUGGUUUUGAAAGGUAUCAGCGGCAUAAGGAGGAUGAAAAUGAAGACGAGUGGGCACCGUUUUGUGAUGAGGAAGAAUGGGGACUCGCUGAAUGGCUUGUUAAAAGCCUCGGGCAGACUCGAACAGAUGAGUUUCUGAAGCUACCAAUAACGCAAAACCGAACACAGCCGUCGUUUCACAACAAUCGAUCCUUCAUGCAGAAAGUUGAUAGCCUUCCACACGGACCUGCCUGGAGUUGCGAGAAGGUUAGCAUUGAGGGAAAUCGAACAGAUGAGGCUGGCCAGUUGCUGCGCGAGGAUGUUGAGCUUUGGAUGCGUGACCCUGUGGAGUGCGUUAAAGAUCUCAUCGGAAAUCCUUUAUUCAAGAACCAUAUGGUAUACGCACCUACACGUGCAUACAAGGACCGUGAAGGACUUCACCGAGUAAUCGAUGAUAUGUGGACUGCGGAUUGGUGGAGUGACAAGCAAAAACUGUUGCCAGAAGGAGCAACCAUCGCACCUGUCAUUCUUGCGUCAGACAAGACAUGUCUGUCGCAAUUCCGAGGUGAUAAAUCAGCGUGGCCUGUAUACCUCUCGAUCGGCAACAUCGCGAAAGAAAAAAGGAGGCAAACGUCAGCACGAGCAACAGUCUUAAUUGGAUACUUGCCUGCAGUAAAACUUGAUUGCUUCACAUCGGAUGCACGCUCCCUUGCACAUUACCGACUGUUCCACCAUUGCAUGUCCCUCCUCCUUCAACCGCUCAUCACUGCAGGACGAGAUGGUCUUGACAUGGUCUGUGCCGACUCAAUGGUACGCCGAGUAUACCCGAUCCUCGCUGCUUAUGUGGCGGAUUUUCCGGAACAAUGUCUCGUGUCGUGCUGCAAAGAAAAUCGCUGUCCCAAGUGUCUGGUUGGAGCCAAUGAAAGAGGUGAUCCACUGAGUUCCCUGAUGCGGGACCCUCAGUUUAUCAAAGAGGUCCUAGAUAGGCGGAAAAACGGUCAACAUCCAGCUGAAUUUGACGACUAUGGACUGCGGGCCGUCUAUAAUCCUUUCUGGGCCAAUCUCCCACACACAGACAUUUUUCUCUCCUUUAUGCCUGACCUCCUACAUCAACUCCACAAGGGCGUCUUCAAAGAUCACUUGGUUAAGUGGUGUCUUGAUAUUAUCGGCGAUGCUGAAAUGGAUUCACGCUUCAAAACAAUACCGAAUUAUCCUGGUCUUCGCCAUUUCAAAAAAGGAAUAUCUGCAGUGAAACAAUGGACCGGCGCAGAACACAAACAAAUGCAGCGCGUUUUCAUAGGGUUACUUGCUGGUGCGGUCCCAGGUCAAGUGUUAGUCGUUGCGCGAGCAAUUCUGGAUUUUUCCUAUUAUGCACAACUCCGAAUGCACACAACUGACACCCUUGAUCGUCUGCAGGGCGCCCUUGCCGUAUUUCACGCCAACAAGAAUAUCCUACACGAACUUGAAGUUCGUGAGCAUUUCAACAUCCCUAAACUACACCAGCUCUCGCACUACGUCCAGUCAAUAUCAUUGUUCGGUACCACAGAUGGUUUCAACACUGAGCUCCCCGAACGACUCCAUAUCGAUUUCGCUAAAGAAGCUUAUCGUGCUAGCAACAAGCGCGAUUACGAAGAACAGAUGGCCCUCUGGCUUCAACGCCAGGAAGCGAUUUUUAUGCGCAGUUCCUAUCUUGAUUGGCUUUCAGUACAGUCUCAGUCGGUCGCCAUGGCGAGGCCCACAGGCCAUGAGUACAGUGACAAUUCAGACUUAGAUUCUGAGAUGGAGGAGAUGCAAUUCGAGCCUCACACCAGCAGUACCGCCCUCGCCAAAUCAACUUUAAUGCCUCCCGUCGUUGAGCAACAUGUAGUCCGUGUCCUCGCAAAAACUCCUCCGCACCCUCGACGGUCCGUUCAGCAGCUCAUCACAGCACACGGCGCUGUCUCAUUUCUUCCAGCCCUCAAACUCUUCCUACACAAGCAUAUGCCACACACUAGCAUCGUCCCUGGUCCGCAGGAUCGCUUCGACGUUUUUCGACAAGUUGUAAUUGUUGCUCCGCCGGAUCCAUGGGUAGACGAAUCACCGCAGCGGUGGCGCAUCAGAGCGUCACCUGAAAUACCUCCUGGUCCAGGCCGCAAGCCUGGAUCCCCUGCCAGAUUUGAUAUGGCCCUGACGAGCGAAGUUGUUCGGACCACGAAUGUGCGCACGUUAGACGCACAAGUCCGUGUCAUAUUCACUUUGCCCCGUCAAUUUGCAUACUCUCGAGCGUUAGCAUAUGUCGAGUGGUUCACGCCAUUUAGGGAGCUGGACCCCUUCUCUGGCCUGCCUCAGGUGUCUCGUUCGACUCGCCGACUGCAUCGCAACGCAGCCGUGAUACAUGUUGACGAAAUUCUUCGUCCGUGUCACUUAAUACCAAAGAUGGGACAUUCUGUUCACCCCGGAUGGACAAGUGCGAAUGUCUACGAGUUGGCAAGCGAUUUCUACUUGAAUACAUUCAUUGACCUCAAUACUUUUUGUAUUUCCGCUACAAUUGCUUAGAAUUAGAAUUACUACUGCAUGCUCCAAAACACUACAAUGUGCUACAGUAGCUACAGUAGCUACAGUUUCUAUGGGCUAAUCCCGGCACCUCCCGCAGCUCUACAUAGCCCUG